AUGGUGGUUCUAGUAGGCCCCUGUUUCUUCGCCUUCCCGUUCGGUUGGGCUGGGUUGAGUAUCGGCGAUCAGCAUCUGUCUCCCCGGAGGCCGACCGCCCGCCCUCCUACAUCUUUCCAAACUUUUCAUUUUGCCGAAUGUCACGAGCCUCCACAGAAUGAAUCUCAUGGCAAAACAGAAGAAGGCAGGAGGGACAGCGACAGCACUGUUUAUGCAGCAACCGUCAUUCGAAACCCAAACACUAUUAAACGUUCACUUAAUAAAUGUUCCACGAAGAGCGCAUCAUUCCUUCUUUACUUUCCCUCCGUGUUCCAUUCCUGUCCCUGA